AUGGUGCGAAUUCUUGAUUCAGUUGCCUACUUUCUUGCUGUGGCCAACGCAGCUGCUUAUGAUGUGAACCAGACAGUGCCCGGCAACUGUCAACAAGCAUGUGCCCGACUUUCCACAACCCUCGGCCCUGCCCUACAUUACCCCGGCAGCGACAAUUUCACAAUCUGGGACGCGAAGCAACAGGAAGUUCACCCAGCCUGUCGCGUUGAGCCUUCUAGUGCCAUCGAUGUUUCUAAGAUCCUGUCCAUUCUUGUGGACCACUGGUGCUACUUUUCCGUAAAGGGUGGCGGCCACUCUAGAAACCCUGGGGAUUCCAAUUCAGUGGGCGGUGUCACUGUGGACUUGGACCGGAUGAGAAAUGUCGAGGUGCUGGAAAAAGGCACCAGGGCACGUGUUGGAGGUGGCGCAAAUACUGUCCAAGUGUACGCUGCCCUGGAAUCUCGCAACCUGUCAUUUGUUGGCGGCAGGGUAGGAACUGUCGGCCUGGGAGGCUUUACACUGGGCGGAGGAACAUCCCCGUUGUCGAACAAGUAUGGCUGGGCAUUGGAUAAUGUUUACGAGUAUGAGGUUGUGCUUGCCAACAGUACAAUCACCACUGCCUCUGAGUCUCACAACCCUGACCUUUAUUUCGCCCUCCGGGGUGGCGGUAACAAUUUCGGCAUUGUUACGAGUUUUACUGUUCGCACGUUUGCCCAGGGGCCUGUCUUCACCAGCAUGACAUCCUACUCUGCCAAUCAGUCUGAGCAAGUUCUUGACAAAGUGUAUGACCUAUACACGGAUAAGGACCUUACCAGUGAUGUUGAGCUAGGCUAUGACCUGUAUUACACCUAUGUCUCCGACAGUGAUGAGUUUAUCUUGAUGGGCACACAACGCUACGGGAAGCCAGUUCGGAAUCCCCCGGUCUUCCAUGCAAUCGACCAGAUACCAACGCUAAGUCGGUCCAUAACAAUAAGCAGCUUUAGCAGCCUGGUAAACGAGUCUACCCCGAUGGGUACUACCCGGAAUUUAUUCGCUACAUUGAGCGUCUCUCCAUCACGUUCCCUACUCUCGCAAGGCCUCCGAAUCUUCCAGCAAGAAGUCGAGGCUAUAAAGACUGUGCCCGGUCUAGUCCCCAACUUUAUUUGCUACCCGUUACAAAAGAAUGCCAUCGCGGCCAUGAAGCAAAGAGGCGGUAAUGCUCUCGGCAUCGAGCGCGACGAACCGCUUUUCAUUAUCCUUAUCUCUACAGCAUGGUCCAAUGGGAGCGACGAUUCCGUUGUCGAGAAAAUGACUGCAAACAUCGUUCGCAGAGUCGAGGCGGCGGCCAAGGAUUCGGGGGUUGCGAACCGAUAUCUGUACAUAAACUACGCGUCUGCUGCACAGGCUGAUGCGGUCUUUGGUGGUUACGGCGAUGAAAACGUGCAGAGACUGAAAGAGGUCCAGAGGGCAGUGGAUCCACACGGUAUCUUUGCCUCCAAGGGCUUAUGGAGGGGGUUUUUCAAGCUGCAAUAA